UUGCGAGUCUUGUGACACACUCUGUUUCCCUCUUUGUUCCAUAGUUAUAUCACAUCCAAAAAGCCAAAAGCCAAAGAGAAUUCAAUCCAAUUUCACACCCAUGGAUUGGGUUCGUGGUGAAACAAUCGGUCAUGGAAGCUUCGGAACUGUGAAUUUAGCAAUGCCCAAGUGCCAGAGUCUUCAAAUUCCGCCGUUGAUGGCAGUGAAAUCUUGUGGGUCUUCGAACUCUGCUUCGCUAGUGAAUGAGAAAUCAAUAUUAGAAGAGCUCAAGGAUUGCCCACAAAUUAUCCAAUGCUUCGGCAGCGAUUUCAGCUUCGAAAACGGCGAGAAAUUGUAUAAUGUGUUUUUGGAGUACGCUUCUGGUGGUGCUUUAGCUGAUAAGCUCAGGAAUUCCGGUAACCGCCGGUUGCCGGAGUUCAGUGUCCGGCGAUACACAAAGUCGAUACUGAAAGGGCUUCAUUAUAUUCACAAGAAUGGGUUUGUUCACUGUGAUCUCAAGCUUCAAAACAUCCUUCUCUGCCGAGACGAUGUCGCAAAGAUCGCAGACUUUGGGCUGGCGAAGAAAGCCGGAGUGAAGACAGAGAAAGUGGGAUUUGAGCUGCGAGGAACGCCUCUGUACAUGUCGCCGGAGAUGCUCGCCGCCGGCGAACAUGAAUCGCCGGCUGACGUGUGGGCGUUGGGGUGUUUGGUGGCGGAGAUGGCGACCGGAGCUCCGGCGUGGAGGUUAUCUCCGGGAGCUGACGUGUGCCGGCUAUUGAUGAGGAUUGGGGUUGGCCAGGAGGUCCCGGAGAUUCCGGGAAAAUUGUCCGCAGAGGGAAAAGAUUUUGUCGGAAAAUGCUUCCUCAAGGACCCGAGAAAAAGAUGGACGGCUGAGAUGCUUCUAAACCAUCCAUUCGUGGUUGAUCACAAUGACGAUCAUGAUGACAGUGUUCCAUUGGUAGAAGACACGUGUGAAGCUUGUUCGAGCUCUCCGAGAGGUCCGUUCGACCUCUCCGAUUCGUUGGAAUAUGAAACGUGGCAUCAAAUUGACACAUCAUCGUCUACUUCGCCGGCGGAAAGACUCCGGAGAAUUAUGACGGGUCCGAAACAGAGACCGAAUUGGUCUGUUUCGAAGAAUUGGGUCACCGUUAGGUAGUUUAAAGUGGAUUGGAAGAAUUUAUUUUAUUAUUUUUUAAAAAAAUUGGUUAUUUUUUGGGUUGUAAAUAGCGUAACUGGCGCUUAGAAUUGGGAUGAGGAUAGUGUCUGACAUCAUCGAAGGGGUUUCUAAUUGGGGAACUCUUUCUCAGAUGACUGAGUGUACAGUGGCUAUUCUAUUCUUGGAAGCAAUCAAUUGAAUGGGAAAUUUUACUUUUAGAAUGUUGUUGGGAACGUGGGAAGUUGAUGAUGCAGAGGAAGUGGUCUUUUGGAUAUGUUAGGCUCUAUCUAUCUAUACCCAGAUUCAAUGAUUCCUGUUUCUGAUUUUCUUGUUCAACCCCAUUUUUGUUUUCUGUUUCACAGUAUUGUCCAAAAUCUUAUAACUGAAAUUUGCCUUAAAAUGUAUGAAUUGAACUACCUUUUUUUUU